CCUCUCACUGUCAUUGUCACCAGCAGCAUUCUCCCUCCUCCACCACCCCACUGCUCCGAGUCUAGCUUUCUUCCCCCCACCCCCCAUGUCUGGCAGCCUGUCUGGAACCGCUCCCCUUUUGGAAAGCGGAGGGAGGAGGGUGGGGUGUAAGCCUGCCCACACCAGGAGCACGGAACACAGCCAUUCUUUUGAAUGACUGCGAGAGGGGCGCCGGAACAUUUUUCAAGAUGUGGGGUGUCUAUUCAUUAUAGGUAACAUCGCUACAUCGUGACUAGGUUGGAAUGACGUGACAAAUGUGGAACCAUAGAGGCCGACUCUGACAGCGGGAGCUGCUGUACAAGUUGUCAGCCCUGUGUAGGGCCACUGUCGGCGGCUCUUCCCCGGCGUCCCGCUACUCCCGAGCCCCAUGCAAAACAUAACGGUACCGGGCAGCUCCAUCAACUCGAACUCCAAUGUCAUUUGCUCCUGCAACUGCACUGGAUCCCAGUCGCAGGGGAUGGAUAUAUCUGAACUGGAGUUUGUUCAGAUAGUAAUCAUAAUGGUGGUGAUGACAGUGAUGGUGGUGGUGAUUAUCUGUCUGUUGAACCACAGGCUGUCUGCCCUGGCCUUCUUUAGCAGACAGACACACAGCCUCGACCAGGACAGACAGCGGGAUCAGGUCAACAUGCAGCACGAUGGCUGUGUGUGGCCAACCAACAGUCUGGUGAUGCAGCAGGGAACCACAGAGGUGAUGUAUGGGCCCAGGCCGACCCAGGAGAGGUUCAACCCCCCCUCCUUUAUGCAACGGGAGCAUUUCAGCCGCUUCCAGCCCACCUACCCCUACCUGCAGCAGGACAUUGACCUGCCGCCCACCAUCUGUCUCUCUGAUGGGGAGGAGCUGCAGCCCUAUAAAGGCCCGUGUACCUUACAGCUGAGAGACCCAGAGCAGCAGCUGGAGCUGAGCAGAGCAUCCAUCAGACCCCCCCCCAACAGGACCAUCUUCCACAGCGACCUGAUCCAUGUCUACGUCCACAGCGGUGGCCCUCGGCCCCCCAGCAGUAACUCGGGUGUCAGUGCCGCCGAACGCAUGGAGGGACUGCCUCCCACCUACAGCGAGGUCAUGGGUCACUACCCAGGAUCCUCUGUGUUUCACCACCAGAACCAGUACAGCAAUAAAGAGCCGUUCGCCCAGUGGACAGGGAGCAAAGACAGGACACUGACAGACAGACACAGGCAGAUGAGCAACGAAAGCACAACCACCACAGGCUCCCCUGGCUCUGGCAAGGUCAAGGUCAAGGUCAAGGUCAAGGUCAAGGACAAUGACAAGGACAAGGAGAAGAAUAGGGACAGACGACGGGACAAACCAGUGUGA